AUGCCUCAUACGGACUUGCACAGCUUUUGGUCCAGGAAUGUUGUUCCAUUUUACCACGGUAACAAUUUAGAUUGGUUGAAGUGGGAAACGAGAUUGAAGAUAGCAAGAGGAGUUGCAGAGGGUCUGUGCUAUUUACACCAUAAAUGUGAUCCACCACUUGUUCAUAGAAACAUCGAUGCUAGUAGCAUACUUCUUGAUGAUGAUUUUGAAGUGCGGCUGGGGAGACUCCAUGAGGUCUGUACUCAAGCGAAAGAGACGAAUGGGAGUAGGUUUUCCAGGGGUUUUGAGAGAAGUAUUUCUGGUACAUCUGAUGCAACGUGUGCCUAUGAUGUUUAUUGCUUUGGAAUGGUCUUGCUUGAGCUGGUCACAGGAAAUCUGGGCUGUAGCUUUUGUUGCCAAGGCAUGCCUGGAUCCCAAGCCUUCUAGGCGGCCACAAAUGUCACAUGUACUCGAGGCUUUACACAAUCCUUCAAUCGUUGUAAAUGGCUCGUGGAAAGGAAAAAGAAUCAGAUUGAUCCAGUUUAGUUAGUAGGAAUAUUAACCAAGUGAUCAUGAGAUCGUUGGUUAGCAUUAAUCUCGAUUCUAAAAUUGAAACCUCGUUUUUUUUUCUGGGCAUGCCUGAAAAUACUUGUUCUUUCAAUGGAUAAUUGUAAGAUCUUGUGCUUUUUUUUUUUCAUGUCUACCAAUCUAGAGUGCCUACAUACCCUUGGCCACAUGAAUUAAUAUGGCUGGUUUCCUAUUAUAUAAUCAGCCAAUUUUGAUA